GUUAAAUAGGUGAGGGAAAUGAUCCACACGGACUGAAGCAGACAAAUUGAGAUCCAACCCGAGCGGAACGGAGGAUGGCGGAGCGGCCUCCUGGCUCAGAUGAGCAAUUAGUCUCCGAGGUUUCUCAAUCAAAAAUUACCGUCCAGAAUAAGCAUGGAGAAAAGCUUGUCGGGCUGCUCCAUUAUAAUGGGUCUAUGAAGCUUGUGAUUGUGUGCCAUGGUUUCAGAUCAUCAAAGGAUGAAAAGAUUUUUGUUAGCCUUGCUUCUGCAUUAACCAAUCAAGGGAUCAGUGUGUUUCGCUUUGAUUUUGCUGGGAAUGGGGAAAGUGAAGGUGUUUUCAGAUAUGGCAACUACAAAAGGGAGGCUGAAGAUAUAAGAUCGGUAAUCUUGUAUUUUUUGGAGCAGAACUAUGAAAUAAGUGCUAUUAUUGGACAUAGUAAAGGGGGUAAUGCAGUGCUCUUAUAUGCUUCAGUAUACCAUGACGUCCACAUAGUCAUCAACAUUUCUGGUCGUUUUGCUUUAGAAAGAGGAAUUGAAGGACGUCUAGGCAAAGAUUUCAUGCAAAGAAUUGAGAAAGAUGGAUUUAUUGAUGUGAAGGAUAAGACAGGAAAUUUUGAGUAUAGGGUCACCGAAGACAGUCUGAAGGAUAGACUAGAGACUGAUAUGUGCAUAGCAUGCCAUUCUAUUGACAAGAAAUGCAGAGUCUUGACUGUUCAUGGUUCAAAAGAUCAAACUGUUCCGGCAGAAGAUGCAAUGCAGUUUGCGAAGCUCAUUCCAAACCACAAAUUACAUAUUAUGGAAGGUGCCAACCAUUGUUAUACUGCACAUCUGGAAGAACUGGCUUCAGUUGUUCUGGACUUCAUGAAAUCCAGUCAAGUAUUCAAAGGUAUGACAGAAAAGCAGAAAUGUAAUCUCUAACUGUGUGAUAAAAACAGAUGAUACUAAUUAAUCGUGCAACUGAUUUAUGGGGAAACAUCGAUGUCUGCUGCAUGGGUUUUGCUUUGCCAUGGUUAAAGAUAAAUGUUGUGACUAGACUACUGACUGAAGAAGUUGCUGAGAUUUUCUGAUCGAAGAGACUACCGGUGAAUUUAGAAUUAAUUGUAAUCUCGGGCAUGGUUUAGUGGCCCUGCACAAUUAUGAACGUUCAGUUGCUUGAGAAGUUGAGUGGCAU